GAGAUUUAAAAGAUAAGUGGCUAUCGAGUAUUGUCCUCCUUGUUAAUUAACAUUAGAGUGUAGAUAUUCUUCUCAAACCAAAAAACUCAGAUAUUACAAAGAUGGUUGAGAAUCUGCGUUUACGGUUGUUUAUACUCUGUUUUUACCUUGUUAACACCGCGUUUAAAGCACUCACGGAAGAUGAAAUCGUCAAGAGAAAGCCUUACAUUGUGUACAUGGGAGAUGCAGCUGAUAAGUCUCAUGUUGAAGCCGCCGAAAACCAUCAUGAUCUUUUAUUGAGAGUGAUCGGAGAUGAGAGCAAAGCGAGAGAAGUUAAAAUGUAUAGUUAUGGGAAGAACAUUGAUGGAUUUGUGGCAAGACUUUUUCCUCAUGAAGUAGAGAAGCUAUCACGCGAAGAAGGAGUUGUAUCGGUGUUUGAGAACACUCAAAGGCAGCUUCACACGACAAGAUCAUGGGAUUUUCUUGGAUUUGUAGAGUCUAAAUACAAAAGAAGAAUAGCUGUAGAAAGUAAUAUCAUUGUGGGAGUUCUUGACACAGGUUACAAAGUGAUAGGCGCAAAGUUCUUUCAUCUACUAGAGAGUUUUUUCGAUAGCGAUGGACAAACAGCCGCGGAUUAUGAUGGUCAUGGGACUCACGUAUCUUCUACAAUCGCUGGUGUUUCUGUCUCAGACGCUAGCCUUUUCGGAAUUGCAAACGGCACAGCUCGAGGCGGUGUUCCUUCAGCUAGAAUAGCCACUUAUAAGGUGUGCUGGGAAGAAGGAUGUUCAGACAUGGACAUGUUGGCGGCAUUCGACGAGGCGAUCUCUGAUGGAGUCGAUGUAAUAUCGGUUUCUAUCGGAGGAGACUCACUUCCGUUUUUCAAAGAUCCAAUUGCGAUCGGAGCGUUUCACGCUAUGAAGAGAGGGAUCUUGACGACGUGUUCCGCAGGCAACAAUGGUCCCGAUCUCUUUACGGUCUCCAACCUUGCCCCUUGGGUAAUGACCGUCGCUGCUAACUCAAUCGACCGGAAGUUUCAGACUGUGGUCAAACUCGGAAAUGGCCUCACCGCAUCUGGGAUCUCUCUAAACGGAUUCUCUCCCAGGAAGAAAAUGUAUCCUCUAACGAGCGGUUUGCUUGCGUCUAACGUAUCUGCAGGGGGCUAUGGCGAGCCCAGUACUUGUGAAGCCGGGACACUGGGGGAAGAUAAAGUGAUGGGGAAGGUAGUCUACUGUGAAGCAGGACGUGAAGAAGGAGGAGGCAGUAGAGGUCAAGACCAUAUUGUGAGAACCCUAAAAGGAGCUGGCGUGAUCGUUCAACUUCAAGAACCGACUGAUAUGGCCAUUUCAACUCUCAUUUCUGGCUCUUAUGUCUUCUUCCAAGACGGUACAAAGAUCUCUGAGUACAUCAACUCCACCAAAAAUCCACAGGCCGUUAUCUUUAAGACGCAAACAAUCAAAAUGUUAGCUCCUUCGAUUACUUCCUUCUCAGCAAGAGGACCUCAAAGAAUCAGCCCCAACAUUCUCAAGCCUGAUAUUUCAGCGCCCGGACUAAACAUUCUCGCGGCAUACUCGAAGCUAGCAACGAUAACUGAUUAUGCAGACGACAAAAGACAAACACUUUACUCCAUAAUGUCAGGAACAUCAAUGGCUUGUCCUCACGCAGCAGCUGCAGCAGCUUAUGUCAAAUCAUUCCAUCCUGAUUGGUCUCCCGCCGCAAUCAAAUCCGCACUAAUGACAACAGCUACUCCAAUGAGAAUCAAAGGCGACGAAGCGGAGCUAAGUUACGGGUCGGGUCAAAUUAACCCGAGAAGAGCGAUUCACCCGGGUCUAGUCUACGACAUCACUGAAGGCUCUUACCUAGAAUUCCUCUGCAAAGAAGGAUAUAAUAGCACAAGCAUCGGACGUUUACUCGGCGGUAACAACAAGACGAGGAAGGAAUACAGAUGUGUGGAUCACAAGCGAGUGUUAGGAUCCGACGGGUUAAACUAUCCGUCGAUGCAUAAGCAAGUGAGUUUCACGGAGACCAAAGUGUCAGAGGUUUUUUACAGGACGGUGAGGAAUGUAGGGUACGGACCGUCGACCUACGUGGCUAGGGUUUGGGCACCGAAGGGAUUCAGAGUGGAGGUUGUGCCUAGGGUUAUGAGUUUUAAGAAGCCUGGAGAGAAGAGGAAUUUUAAGGUUUUGGUUGAUGGAGUUUGGGCAGAGACGAUGAGAGGGAUUAUGUCGGCUUCUGUGGAAUGGGAUGAUUCAAGAGGGCAUCUUGUGAGAAGUCCGAUUCUCCUGUUUUUGUCGAAUAACGAUUACCCUUAAAACAUGCAAUAACUCUUUUAAUCAUUGCUUUUGUUUUUAUGUUUUUAGUCUUCUUUUCCUAUUAGUGUUGUAGAGGCAAGAAUCAUGCAGAGGCC